CAAAAAACUAACCCUGGAGGAAAAUUAGUCCGGCAGGGCAAAGGUCUCUCACGCACGACAUUCGAGGUUACUCGAUGAUCACCGCCCUUCGGUAGCCCUAGUGAAACGACAUUUUCGUCGCAACUUUCCAGCACCCGGAUACGCUCUUUGAAACCCAUCUCGCAAGGGCUACCGACUCGAGAUGGCCGACAAGGAAGCCGUAAGGCUCGCAGAAUACAUCAUUCGUGCCGACUUUGGCAACAUUGUAGCAUCGGUCGCUUCGAUCUUGCUUCAUCGAGGUCGGAUGCGAUUGACCGAAAUUGCACAUUUCACCAAACUGCCUCGUCGACAGGUGGCCGGGAUCCUAAUCACCUUGGUUCAACACAACUUGGCGUGGCAUUGUGAGACCGAGUUGGGGCAGCGGACACAGGAAUUCUUCGAGAUGAACCUGAAGGAAUGUCUGAUGAGGCUGAGGUGGGGGCGAAUCUUGGAGCUGACUCAAGAGAACAUGGGUGAAGACGCUCGACUAGUUGUUCAGGUCGUACUUCAGGGAGGAAAAUUACGGCUGCCGCAUAUUCUGCAGGAUCAAAUAUUGGGCCUCGAUUUGAUAACAAGCCCUUCCAAGCGGGAAGUCCGCAAACAACAGCUGACCGAAGUCGUAUACAAGCUCAUCAUCAACCGAUACAUCCAACCGACCACGCCCAUCCUGCAUCGAACGCCUUAUGACGAGAUGCUCAAGAAGCGGAAGGCCAAGGAGAAGUCUCGGUCGGCCCUGCUCUCGGUGAAAGAACUGGCUCAGAUCAAGAGCGACGUGAUGGGCGAAAUGAGGGAUCUGGUCAAGGAGGAAACGAGCGCGGACAAGGCGUUGCUGAAGGCGGGGGUGAAGCGGAAAGCUGAUGCUGGAGUUGGAGGAUCGAGCAAGAAGCACAAGGGUGACGAAUUGGAGAUGGUAGACCCAAAAGCCAUGUUACGAAUAAAUUACGAAAGAUUCGAUUGCCUAUUCCGAAACAAGCUGAUCGAGCUGGCAGUGGCGGAUCGUUACAACAAGGCCGCCGGGUUCAUCGUCAAGGGCCUGAUGAACGUCAUCUCGGCCGAGGAGGACAGUUUGCUAUUGGAAACAUCUUCGACUGGGGGGAUGCAAGCUGUAUUCACGCAAAUGCGAGAACACGAACGAGACUCUUUAUCUCUUGGUUUCGGAGGGAAAUCCUUGACUUCGAAAUCCAAGAUCCACGAACUCCUCGCUGGAUACGCUGCCAUCCUCGCAGGCGAGGACGACCAGAACGCCUAUCGAGCAGAGGGAGUCUUUCUGGGACGAGACAUCAUGGCGGCCUCGGCGAGCGGACCCCAGUAUAUGGUACUUUUCGAGCGUAUCUGCAGUCGGCUGAAGAGGCAGCUGUUGGAGAGUUUUGUCGAGGAGACGCAGGGUCCGAUGGGGAAGCGGGUGUUCAACGCCGUCAUGCACGGUGACAAGGUGACGGAAGAGAUGGUCGUUUCGAAAGCGCUCAUCAAGGGGGACGACGCCCGAAUCAAGCUGAGCGCGCUCAAGACCGCCUCUCUCGUCACAUUCCAAGCCAUAUCUCGAACGGCCGACCGUUCAGCAUCUCGUUGCACAUUCCUCUACUACGUCGACCUCUCCCGAGCCUAUCAGACCAUCCUCAGCCGGAUGUACAAGUCGCUAGCGAACAUCCAUCAGCGAAAGGAAAUGAUCUACCAAGAGUACGAGGAAACGUUCAAUAACAGUCAGAGGUCGGACGUCUUGGAAAAGACUGGAAAAAUGGACGAACGGGACCAGGUCAACUUGGUCAAGAUGGAAAAGGAGCUGGACAAGUUGAACACGGCGCAGUUGAGGAUGGAGACGAACGUUUUCGUCUUGCGGGAUCUGCCCGGAGGACCGCUUUCCGUCCGGUGAGCCUGGAUAGCGUGCGACUUCUGCUCUUGAUACUCAAAUGCUGAUACACCUUCUGAAACUCGAUAGACUGGAUGAUCCGUUCGUGCGG